UUCUCCAAAACUUUUGCCUUUUUCUUUUCCUGGAGCACAAGAAACCGACCGACUUAAAGCUCUACUGAAGACGAUUUCGUUAAAAAAAAAUUGGCAUUUCCCCAAUCGUUUCGGCCGCUGUAGCGUUCGUCGUUGUUGAUAUACGUUUGCAAUCGUCUCUGAAUCCUUAUUUAAACGAUCUUGAGCAUGAAGCUGGAUACUAGCGGUCUUGAAUCGGCCACUUAUUUCUCUGGUUCGAGUAGUACUGAGCUACUCGGUGGGUUAUCGACCGUGCCAUCUUUCGAUGUUCCAAAUGCUGCUAAUUUUGAUGGAUUUCAGAAAGACGCUAUUCAGAUGGUGAAGCCUGCAAAGGGAACGACAACUCUGGCCUUCAUUUUCAAGGAAGGAGUCAUGGUUGCUGCAGAUUCCCGAGCGAGCAUGGGAGGAUACAUAUCGUCUCAAUCUGUGAAGAAGAUCAUUGAAAUAAAUCCGUACAUGCUUGGCACAAUGGCUGGAGGAGCUGCUGAUUGCCAGUUUUGGCACAGAAAUCUUGGCAUUAAGUGUCGACUACAUGAGUUGGCAAACAAGCGCAGAAUUUCAGUGACGGGUGCUUCCAAGUUGCUGGCUAACAUUCUGUAUUCCUACCGAGGAAUGGGUCUUUCAGUUGGCACCAUGAUUGCUGGAUGGGAUGAAACUGGUCCUGGAUUGUAUUAUGUUGACAGCGAAGGAGGAAGAUUAAAAGGAACUCGAUUUUCAGUUGGAUCUGGUUCGCCUUAUGCUUAUGGCGUCCUGGACAAUGGCUAUCGGUACGAUCUAUCAAUCGAAGAAGCUGCUGAAUUGGCUAGAAGAGCAAUUUAUCACGCAACGUUCCGAGACGGAGCAAGUGGUGGAGUUGCUAGUGUUUAUUAUGUUGGACCAAAUGGAUGGAAGAAGGUAUCUGGUGAUGAUGUUGGAGAACUUCACUUCAAGUAUUACCCGGUUGUGGCUGAUACGGUUGAACAGGAAAUGGUUGAAAUCGCUGGAUAGAACAAAUUUACCUCAGGUAUUACGCUUUGUUUUUACUGGGAAAAAUUAAGAUGGUGAAAAUGAUCCUCUGCUGUAAUUAUACUAGGUAACUUUUUGCUUUUGAGAACAUAGGAGGAGAAGCCAAAUUGAAUAAGAUAUUGUUUUCACUUUACUUAUUUUAUAUUAAAAAAUUUGGGUGAGUCAAUUUUACUCCACGUUAGGUGGUAUUAUAUUGAUUCCAUCCCCCUAAUCAUUGUGG